AUGGAUCUUGCGCCCGACCAUUUCGCAUACACCGACCCGCAGGUAGAGUCCUCGACCGCCGCUGCCGCGAGAGCAAAGCUCGUGCAAGAUAGGAUCGACUCGGGCGUUGCAUCUAUCGCCAGCACGCCUACGCAGGAUGGCUUGCUUGAGCCGGCGAAGCAGUCGCUGGGGACGGAUGUUGUUACGGAUGCAGAAUAUCCUCGAGAAUCCCUUCCCGAACAUCGCUGGGAUCGCGGUCACGUCUACAAGUCAAGUUUAGCUUGUCCAUUUCUCUGCCCGUGGUAUCAGGUCUGUUGGCAGUCGCAACACACUCGCCCUGCUGUGGAGCUCUUGAGAGAGGUGCUAGAAGUUCGCUAUCCGGUGCACGAUGAGGGACUCGGUGCGCGAGGUGAGGGGAGUACUCUUUGGGUCAAGUUGUGGAGGAAGUGCUAUCGCGCGGGUGGUUACGAAAGUCUUCGGUAA